AUGGCCCGGCUGCUCCACUCAGUGCUCGUCUCCCCAGGAGGAGAACCAAUCCCUCAUCCUCCGAUGGAUGCCUCAGAGGCAGGUCGUGCCCCUGUGCCAAGCACCAGACGUCGGAAACGCACCACAUUCAGCCGUGGGCAGCUGCUGGAGCUAGAGAGGGUGUUUGCGGCUCGUCCUUACCCAGACAUCGGCACCCGAGAGCGGUUGGCAAGGCUCACCCGUCUUCCUGAGGCCAAAAUCCAGGUUUGGUUUCAGAACCGCCGGGCCCGAAGAAUCAAGAGCAGGAAGCCAGAAGGGCUGGGCUCCUGGAACAAGGAUCCUCAGGGAACUCUCCCUCCUACCAAUAACCCUCUUCAUCCCCAGGAACCUGAGAGCUGGGGACAUGCCUCACCACAUGACAAUGACCCCAACUCAGGCUGGCUGUCCUUCUGCCCAGCUCCUGGUUUGGCCCCGGGGCACAGUGGGGGAAGGGUUAAGGUAUUGGGUCCUGGGGGAGUAGGUCCAGCUGGGGGGAUGUCGAAGCCUCCCGGGCCACUUCACCGAUGGGAACGUGGGCCCACCCAGACCUCUUUGGGCAGCCUUUCCGAUCUCAUCUAUAAUGCAGCCAUUGUCACCAACCUGGAGGACGAUUAA